AUGACAAAACGAGUCUUGCAAAAGCCUGCGUGGAAAGAGGCAUUGGGAGCCUCAAUGAGAUCGAAAAGGCUUAAGUUAAUGCCUGAUAAAGAUAACCGCUUUUGUUGUCCUGUGGCUGAUUGUGACAGCGAGUCGUAUGGAAGUAAAAGAGGGUGUAGAAAACAUGUCUAUAACCGUCAUGGAUGGUUUUAUUAUUUCGAUAAAAGACCGAAUAUCGACGAAGUACUUCCCCACUUCAGUACGAGAAAUCGCAUAAAAGAUCCCCAAAGAAAGCGCGCCUGCACAUUUUCAAUGCCGUCUUUUGCUAAAACAUGUAAUUUGGCGGUUGCAUUUAGGACAUGGUUAAAAAGUCCAGGUGGUGGUGGUAAAGAUCAUUCUCAGGCCGAUCAAAUAACUUGUAAAGUUUUAAAGUAUGCCAAAUAUUGCUGCGAGGAUUCUCCUUCGGUAUGGGAAGUACCAUUCCCUGUUAUCGACUACUGUGUUGGCUCUAUUAAUAUGCUUUCUGAUUUCGUAGAUUUUUUGAGAGACCAAUGGAAGGUUGGCUUCUCAGGAAUAAUUGGCUACAUGAAUGCUAUUGGGCACAUGCUUGAUUACAGACGAAGCACAGAUGUACUCACACUAAUAAACGAAUACAUUGACAAUGUACGACGAAGAUUGAACCCCACCAACGAUUAUCUACUAGUGUGUCGAAAUGGUAAGCAGUUGACGCGUAUUUCGGACGUAUUCGGUAGAAUUGUUUAUCAAGCAAUUGGUAAGUAUAUAAAUCCUACACGAUAUAGGCAAAUCAUCGAAACCGAAAGUGUUGCACACUUAGAAACAAAAGAACAAGCAAUUCUUUCUCAAGAUCAAAAACACACGUCGCAGGUAGCUAAAGUUCAUUACCAGAAGACUGAAUCGCGCAAUAUAGCUGCAAAAGCCAGGUUAUGUAUGGAUAAAUUACGAGAUCAAACAACGUGUACUUUAACUGUAAGCGAAAUCAAUAGUAACACCAAAAAUGUGAAAACGUCUGGAAGUACUUUGGAACACGAAACACCUGUUCAAACGAGACAGAAAAAAGUUAGUUUUAGUGCCAUGGAGGACAAGUUUUUACAAGCUGGGCUACAAAAAUAUGGCAAUGCAAAAUGGACUUCCAUUCUCGCAGAUCCUAACUACUCCUUUCAUUGUAGCCGUAAAGCUAGUACAUUGGCGGUUAGAGCGAAGACAAAAAAAUUUAUAUAAGUUUAAAUUGUAUUUAUAAUAAAAAUAACUUUGUAAAUUUACAAAGAUUUUUGAAAACCAGAAUAUUCAAAUAGUCUUUUAACUUUGUUACAGUCAAAACCGGCGUACACAUAAAGGCUUUUUUCCUCUUACGAUUUGGCCAAUAAUCUGGUGUAUUAAGUACCCUCGUGUGUGAAGGCGGUUCGCAAAAACUUGGUUCUCCCUUCAAAGCCGCUAUCGGUAUAGUUAUGAAAACUUCAUCAUCUGAUAGGCAAACAAUAUUUUUUUCCACGGAAAUUGCCAGCGUUGAACAGGAAUGUGAGAACGGUAAACCCUCCUUAGAUGCUGAGCAUUCGUUAUCCGAAACGUUUACCACAACUGCCUCUUCAUUCACCAUUUUAGCGUACACAUAAGCGUCCACACAAUUUAGGUGAAA